AAUAUCUUUUGAAGUCGAUAAUGGAAAAGCCAACCAUCCUACACUCAUCAUCUUCCCCAGUACUCCCACCUCAUCCAUUUCCUGCCAAAAUGCUGCAUUUCCACCUGAAGCUUAGCUGGAAACCAUCCCACAAGAUUUCCGCAUCAAGAAGAGACGGAUUUGAUUAUGAGGGAAAAUCGGUGGAUGAAAACAUGGUCGUUCUUAGAAAACGUAUUCAGGAGAUGAAGAUGACAGAGGAAAAUUAUGAGUACCCUACUGAGUGGAUGGAAUGGGAGAAACAAUAUUAUCCAGAAUACAAUUCUCAUGUAUGUGAAGCAGUGGGAUUUUUGCAAUCUGCAUUGAUGAACACAAGGCCAAGCCUGGCCUUGGGGUUGCUUGCUCUUUUCAUGUUGUGUGUGCCUACCUCUGUUUUGAUAAUUAUGCUGCACUUGUGGGGUUGCUUAGCUGCUCAUAUCCCCAGUCUUUUGUGACCAUUUUUUGCUCUGUGCAUAUUGAUUUCUG